AUGACAGAUACCUCCUCCCUCGCCAUCACGCACGCCACAACGGAUUCCUAUCCGGUCCACGCCCAUCGCGGGUCCCCUGCCGCCGUUGACGGCGCCGCCUCUGACUCCGGCGCACCCGAUGAAGAACCUUACACCAUCAGAUGCAUUUGCUCGUUCGAUGAAGAUGAUGGCAACACGGUUUUCUGCGAAGGGUGUGAGACCUGGCAGCACAUUCUCUGUUACUACCCAGACAAGAAAGUACCAGAUGUGCACAACUGUGUCGAGUGCGAGCCGAGGCCCCUUGACAACCGUCGUGCCCAUGAACGACAACGGCAGCGGCGGAUCCGAGAGAAAAGCGAGGAUGGUGACCGGAAAUCAAGACGAUCUGGCCCCAAAACACAAAAGAGAAAGUCAAAUGAUGCCGAUGUGAAUGCCUUCGGUCACAGACGACAUGAUUCGGGUUCCCAUGAGCAGCCACCCUCCAAGAAAGCAAAGGUGUCUCGCCCAUCGACUUCAUUAAGUGGUAUUUCGGUUCCCCCGGGUCUGUCGGCUGAAUCGCGAAACCGUCGAUCGUCCACCUCGGUUGCGAUGAGCCCAACAAGCCUCCCUGGCCCUCCUAUCCCUCAUUAUUCCGACGAAUUUCUCUCUCUUUACGACCACGAUGAUCAAUUUGUUGAAUCGAAGAGUAUUCUCAAUUACGGCGUGGAUUUUGUCAAUGAAAUUGUUGCAUGGCUGAAGGACCCACAGAUCUUGGCGCGAGUUACCGAUGGACUCAGUGUUGAAGACUUCGCCAAACGGUCUGAAGAGGCCAUGGAUCGGUCUCGCUGGCCCUCGUUGGCAACCGAAACCAUCACGGACUCGACAAUUGAGAUCGGCGGUAAGCACCCAGUCCACAAGAUCUUGAAAACACAGGAUCCGGUACGAAGGGACGACGUUGUCGGUGAAAUAUUUGGCAAAUUAGGCCACGUCAAGGACUACAAAAAGCUCGACAGCAACCGAUGGGAUGAAUUGGGGCACGCCAUGCCUUUCGUGUUCUUCAACCGGCAGCUAGACUUGUACAUCGACAGUCGGCAGGAAGGAAACGAGCUCCGUCACGUCAGGCGGUCAUGUGAGGCCAACGUUAACCUGAAAAUCUACAUCACCAAUGGCCGGCAGUACCAUUUUUGUUUCGUUGCUAAAAGAGACAUUCCUGCAAACUCGGAAAUUACCACAAUGUGGUAUUUCGAUGACUCUUUCUUUCCUUCCGACGCGACAGUGAAGGAGGAGUUUAAGGACAGAGUGGUAGAUCCGAAGGACGCCGCUAUUUGCAUCAGCACCACGUUGGCGAACUUCGGUGGUUGUGCUUGUGGAAACCCCCAAGCUUGCGUACUGAACAAGCUUGAUCGACGCGCCAAGCCCCCUGCCAACAAACGCGCCAAGUCGAAGGUGAAGGGCAAGGGCAGGAAGCCAAAGUCCCUUGGUACUCACGAUAUCGGUCGCGCCGGCAGCGACACCACUAAACAUCUUGACGAGCACGAACCCGCAGCCGACACCCGAUCGAAUUCUGGUUCCGCGCGUGGUAGACAUACUGGCAGUCGCGAUCUCAGCCCCAUGGAUUCGCAGCUAACACUGCCAGAGCUCUCCAGUCGCGAAAGACGCAAGAUAGCUGAUGCCGAAAAGCAGUUCCAACAGCUAGAACAGCACAGAGCCGUCAAUCCCAAAAGGAAAAAGCGUUCUAGUGGCCGUCCGGCACGGUCCACCCUUGCAACAGUCUCAAGCUCAACCCAAACUGGUGACAACUUCAAGCCGUAUCACGAGCCUGGGCCGUCUCGAUCCUCUGACAUGACAGGACAGUCGUCUCGGCGUCAAGUUUCUUAUGUCGACUCUCAAACCGAGCUUUACGCCGACGAUGUUGAGCGCUCGUUCUUGCGCGCAGAACGUCUGAGGCGAGGAUACAAACUCGACAUGAUCCAUCCAACACUUAUGCUUAAGAUUCGGUGGUGUGCGGGACACCACGUCGCAGAGGACUGGGCUCAGCGAAAUGCAUGGGAGGCCGGCGACUUGAGUGUCGUGCCAUCUGGAAUUCUCCCCUGGUGGUAUGGUUGGUUUCCGCUCCCAAUCGACGACAGGUCUCAUAUCGAGUUGCUCAAGGAAGACUCAGACAGAAUGGGAAUACCUGCUGAUCACGGCCCCCUUGCGAUGCCCCCUCGGUGGUCUUUCCACCAAUCCAAGUAUCCCCAGCCUGAAUACAAGUACCAUGGCAUUGCGAUCCGAGGAAUGCAUUAUGACCUUCCAGCGCGACCUAGCCAAGGUGAUGUUGAUACUCGGGUCGCCGUCUCGUACAAACUGGAAUCCUCGGCAUCUGGGUCUAGCAGUGAUUUGCUCAAGCCGGCAGUUCCGCCUUAUUGGCCAUCCACUGCAGCACAUAUCUUCAGGAUUCCUGGGGCGGGCAAUAGUGGCAAUCUACAUGUUUCCAUGCCACCACCAAGGGCCUCCAAUAUCCCGUCAGCGCUUAGUCCUGGUUCUCUGUCGACAGGGAGUCUCGCAUCGCCUAGUUCUCAUGACACAGCUUCCCCAAUAUCUCUCAUGCCGUCUUCUGGUUCUGCGCUCGCACCCACACCCGCCAAGAAGAAACUCAGCCUUGGUGAUUAUCUGAUUCGACGUGGCACGAUGGCGACCACCCCAACUUCAGAAUCAACUCCUGCCCCAUCUCCUGCUCCUCCUCCCCCUCCUCCGCCUACUGGCGAUUCUCGUCUACGUACCCAACAUUUUCUGGCUAUCACGACGGUGUUUGGUGAUAAUCAUGAACCUUCCCGCAAGACCGAACCCGGAGUUGACAAGGACGAGCCCUCUGACUCUCCGGAUAUCUCUAUGGAGGAUGCACCGGAGGCAACACCCACCAAAAACCCGUCUAUCUCUUCGUAA